GCUCCUAUUGGGCCACACAGCUCACAGCACUACUCUGACCCUCAGGCUAUCAGACAGCGCUGCGAGCUCAGGGCGGCUUAAACAUGGACCCUGAAGAAAGUCGCUCGCCGCGCAGGUUUAUUACAGCCGGUCGCUCUCUGUGUAUCUCCUGAGAGUGAUCUUUAGCCGCUUUAGGGGCAGAGAAUUAUCAGAAAAGCGGGUAGAUAAGAGAGGCUGGUGAGUUGGAGCGCGUUUACUCGGGCGAGCAGACAGAGACAGAGAGGCGGACACUGUGAGGAAGUUAUGCUCUUACUUAACUAACCUACUGUAACUUUGUGUUUAUUCCACUGUAAGUACAGAUUCGUGCUGCUGGACGGCUCGAAAACCUGAAUUAACAGCGGGGAGUAGCGCUUAUUUUUUAUUUUUCGCUGUGUAUACUCUUAAGCUCUUUAUUUGGCUAGCUAACUACCUGUUUCUAACGUAACUUACCGUUUUGUGCUGAUGCUGUUUUCGCUGUUGUUCCGCUGUAGUUGGCUAACGUUCAUUCGCCACUAACGUUAGUUAGCUUAGCAUAGCUUAGCUUAGCAUAGCUUAGUCAUUUUCUAUUAGUUUCCUAUUGAGCUGCAAGCUAACCAAACUUUAGCGCUGAUUUGAUGAAGUUUGAAGCUUAUUUUGUACAGUUAGCUAGCUAGCUUUAACUACCUCAGGAAGAAGGUGGAUACAAAAUAUAGUAGUUAUAUAUUAGGCACAUAUAUCUGCUAUAUAAUAGCAGAUAACAUUUUUAAACUAGGUUAGCUAACUUAGCUAGGUUUACUAGUUAGUUAACCUUGGUUACCUAACCUAACUAGCUAGCUAACUAACUUAGCUAGUUAGCUAUCUAGGUUAACCUAGCUAACCUAGCUAGUUAGCUAGUUUAGUGGUUUACUUAAGAACAGGACUGAACAAUAAUUUAAUAUCAAUAUAUAUCACGAUAAUAAAAGUUUCAAUAAUUGUAAUAAGAUUGUUUUCAGUAUAAAUUUCAAUAUAACCUAUUCAGCCAACUAGCUACAUUUUUACAGCACCUGUAACUAUAUUAACUGACAUUCAUUACAAGGUGCUUUAAUCUAACAAUUAUAUGAAUUCGCUUACUUUUUUGUAAUUGAGCUAAAAAAGUUUGUAGUUAGACAUCUGUGGGUGUUCAUAUCGAUUUCAAAAGUAUAGCUAGCUAUAGAGCUAUAAGUUGGUUGUUAAAACCUAGUGUAAUCAUUAUAAAACGUGUAUACUGCGCAGUAAAACACAGUUUGUGUUUGUAUUGUAUUUUAGGUAAGAAAGAACUGGAACUAAACCAAUAAUUUACAUUACUUUACAUUACAUUUGAUACUACAGGGUUGAGCUAUAUCUUGCAUAACUUACCAAAAAGUCUUGUUUUUCAUUAAUAUGUGCUGAGCAAUACUGAAGACUGUUUGUUUACUAGUUAAAUAACAUUAGAGUGCCAGCAACAAAGCAAAUAUGUCUGGGCUAUAUUCAAAGCUCCCCCCUCAGCUUAAGAGGCCUGUAGUGAAAAAAGCGUUUUUUGUACUGUUAGCUGCUUAUGGAGUGAAAAAGCUUUACCCGUACAUUUCUGGGAGGCUUAAAAGGGGAGCAAGUCGUGCACACCUGCCGCAAACCAAUGGAGAGCCUCUGGAAGUGGUUGAGCGGCGGAGGAACAAGAAGAGCUCUCCAGCAGUCAACCGAGAGUUUCUGGAGCGCCUAAGCCGUCUGCUGCGCAUCCUUUUCCCACGGCUCUUCUGCAAAGAACUUGCACUUCUGGGCUUCCACUCCCUGGCACUGAUUUCCCGCACAUUUCUCUCCAUUUAUGUGGCCAACUUAGACGGCAAGAUAGUAAAGACCAUAGUCAAGAAAGACCCCCAGGCUUUCGUGUGGGAGCUGACCAAAUGGCUGCUCAUUGCCAUUCCUGCAACUUUUGUGAAUAGUGCUAUCCGUUACCUCGAGGGCCAGCUGAGCCUGGCCUUCCGCACCAGGCUGGUGACCCAUGCUUACCGGCUCUACUUUAGCGACCAAACCUACUACCGUGUCAGUAACAUGGACGGCAGGCUGGCCAACCCUGACCAGUCUCUGACGGAGGACAUGGUCAUGUUCGCCGCCUCCGUAGCCCACCUGUACUCCAACCUCACCAAGCCCAUUCUGGAUGUGGUCAUGACCUGCUACACCCUCAUUAACAUAGGUCAAUCCAAGGGGGCCAACACCACCUGGCCAUCAGUUAUUGCCGGGAUUGUGGUGGCCCUGACUGCCAAGAUCCUGAGGGCAUUCUCGCCCCGCUUCGGCAAGCUGGUAGCUGAGGAGGCCAAGAGGAAAGGGGACCUGAGGUACAUGCACUCCCGCAUCAUCGCCAACUCAGAGGAGAUCGCCUUCUACGGAGGUCACAAGGUGGAGAUGUCGCAGCUGCAGCGGAGCUACAAAGCCCUCCACUCGCAAAUCAACCUGAUCCUCUUCAAGCGCCUGUGGUACGUCAUGCUUGAGCAGUUCCUCAUGAAAUACCUGUGGAGCGCCUCCGGCCUCGUCAUGGUCGCCGUGCCCAUCAUCACCGCCACGGGUUACUCUGAACAUGAUUCAGAAGAUGUGAAGCAGGCGGCGAUGGUGAUGAAGGAGGAGGAUCUUGUGAGUGAAAGAACGGAGGCCUUCACGACAGCCAGGAAUCUUCUGAAUGCAGCGGCUGAUGCUGUGGAGAGGAUUAUGAGCUCGUACAAAGAGGUGACUGAGCUGGCUGGCUACACGGCGCGAGUGUAUGAGAUGUUUGAAGUGUUUGAGGACGUGCGUGUCGGGGUGUAUCGGCGCUCAGCAGAAGAAGAACAGAGUGGAGGGACGCGAUCUGGACUGCGGGAAGUGAAACAUGGUAUGCGGGUUGAUGGACCCUUACAAAUUGGAGGUCAAGUGAUUGACGUCGAUCAAGGCAUCAGGUGUGAGAGUCUGCCCAUUAUAACACCCACAGGUGAUGUGGUGGUGUCCAGCCUCAAUAUCAAGGUGGAUGAAGGAAUGCACCUGUUAAUCACGGGGCCGAACGGCUGUGGGAAGAGCUCGCUGUUCCGAAUCCUGAGCGGCCUGUGGCCCGUCUACAGCGGCGUGCUCUACAAACCCCCGCCUCAGCACAUGUUCUACAUCCCUCAGAGGCCAUAUAUGUCAGUGGGCACACUGCGGGACCAGGUUAUUUACCCUGACACGACUCAGGAGAUGGUGGAGAAAGGCUUCACUGACCAGCAGCUGGAGGGAAUCCUGCGCACUGUCAACCUCCUCUACAUCCUGGAGAGGGAGGGAGGUUGGGACGCAGAGAGUGAUUGGAAGGAUGUCUUGUCUGGAGGCGAGAAGCAGAGGAUGGGUAUGGCCAGGAUGUUCUACCACAAGCCUAAAUACGCCCUCCUGGAUGAAUGCACCAGCGCCGUCAGUAUUGAUGUGGAGGGCAAAAUCUUUGAAGCUGCAAAGGAUGCUGGGAUUGCACUUCUCUCCAUCACACAUCGUCCAUCUCUUUGGAAGUACCACACCCACCUGCUGCAGUUUGACGGAGAAGGCGGCUGGCGCUUUGAGAAGCUAGACGCCUCCACCCGCGUCUCGCUGCAGGACGAGAAACUGCGGCUGGAGACGCAGCUCUCGGGCAUCCCCAAAAUGCAGCAGCGUCUGGCCGAGCUGUGCAGCAUUCUGGGGGAAGACAGCAGGCUGGAGAGCCCUGGGGAGCAGGGGGAGGAGGAGGAGGAGAAGGACAGAGUGAGGGAGCAACAACAGCAGGAGGAGAGAGAUGUGUUCCCUGCUGAACAGGAGAAAAGCCUUAUGGAGUGAUUAGCUGCCAGGUGACAGAGACGCAGUCAAGGCCAGCAGAGAGCGAGAGAGAGAGAGAGUGAGAGUGUGUGUGUGUGUGUGUGUGUGUGUGUGUUUGUUUCUGUGUGUGGAGGUUGAUGAAGACUCUCAAUCAGAAAUGUUAGUAGUUCAGGGAUAGUGUUUAGGGCCCUUUCCAAGCUGUGAGCUGCUCUGAGCAUAUUUGUGCAUGUGUGAGUGCGGGUUGUGUGCGCUCUGUUUCUUUUUUUCUUUUGUUUUGUCUGUGUGUGUGUGGAGUGUUUGAAGCUUAGCGUCCCAGCCCGUGUGUGUGUGUGUGUGUGUGUGUGUGUUAGAGGUGGGGGGAAAGGCAUGAGGCAGCUGCCAGCUCUUCCAGGUGCGGCGGAUGAUGAAAGCACCCAUGAAAGCUGUUCCAUCCCUUGUUAUUUCAAUUCUCUGCAGAUUUCUCUCAAACUCUCUGGCACCUAGGCACCGGUGUGCAUGUGUGUGUGUAUAUGUGUGGAUGUAUGUGCGUGUAUUUGUAUGAGACUCAUGAGAAAGGGCUGCUGUCAGAUCAGUGACUGCAUAUACGUGCGUGUGAGUUUGCAGUACUGUAAGUACAGUUGGUUUUAACAAUACUCAGCUUCUCACCGUGCUGAUGAAGUGUUAGAUUACCACUUAGUGCUGUAGUUUUUCCUUUAAUGAGAAGGAAAACCGUUUAAAGGGCGAAAAAGUUAAAGUUAAAGUUAACCUUAAACUUAACUUCGUAUCGUAACCACUAGCUUUUCAGACUGAGCGUUUUUAAGAAAUCUGAUUGUUUGUUUGUUUGAUUUCGUUUUUGUAGAUUGUUUGUUUGAUUUCGUUUUGUAGAGGUCAUGUCCACUGCCGAGGUCAGUACUGUUCACUCCAGGGUUGGGCGGUAAUGUAGUCAUAUCGCCAUAUCACCUACUUCAAUUUCUCUCCCACUUUUCUCCUCAAUUUGGCUAUGCCAAUAAUCUCCCCCAAUCAUUAGUGAUGUCCCAACACCAGAAGGGUGAGGACACAUAAAGUCAUACUGCUGCUGAUGCGGAGGAAAGCGCAGCGACUAGGUUCUGAUACAUCAGCUCACAGACGCCUCGUGCUGAUCGACAUCACUCUAGGAGUAAUGAGUGGAAAAGAGCUCUAUAUUCCCACCUAGAAAAUGCAAGGCUAGUUGUGCCCUCUCGGGGCUCUGGCAGCUGAUGGCAAGCUGCAUGACAGGGAUUCGAACCAGCGAUCUCCUGAUCAUAGUGGCAGCGCCUUAGUCUGUUGAACCACCCGGAGCCCCUUUAUUGCCUACUUAUAAUAAAGACUAAUGUUAUUAGCACAAGUAGCGUAUUCACAAUUCUUAGUUUUUAUAUGACUUCAGCGAUUCAUGACUAAGUGAACACACUUUUGUUUAAACUAAUAAUUUAAUAAAUGUUGAACUAUCACUCUGACAGCAAAGCUGAAUGUCGAUCAAUUAGCAUAGUUAGCAGAUUUUUGCUUUGGUCUGGCUCAGUCUGUGCUGAUUAACUCUGAUUAACUUUUUUCAUCAGUUGCAGUCAACCAUUAGAGUCUAAUCUAGUAGUGGAUAUUGGAUAUUAGUCAGAGACUCAGUCUGAACACCUCCUGUCAGCAGUAGUUUCUAAUUUUAAUGUUGUGUUCCACCUUAAAUAAUGCAGCAACUUCUUUUUUUCAUUUAAGGUGGAACGUUAAAAAGCAGCCAAUAACUGCCUUGUACAUAGAAAAGCCACUGAUACAUAAUCUGCUUCUCACCUCCAGCUCCCUCUGUAGUCUGUGGUACAGACCAUGCUGACCCCUAUUCCCAAUUAUGACCUUACCCACAGCUGUUCUUGACCUCACCAUUUUUUGUUUUGGGUCAGUGCAAUGACCGCAGCAUGCUGUUGUACCUCCAUGUUUAAUCUGUGGCCCCCUGAUUCUGUUUAGAUCAGCAGCAGGUUAAUGUUUUAAUGUUAAAUAUUACCGUUAUACCGCCCAACCCUGGUUUACACAAUCAAUGGGAGUUGAUUCUGAGGGAGUUAUUUACGUCCCUUUUCGCUUAAAUCUUUGCUGUAGAGGUCUGUAGCAUUUUAUAUUUCCUAUUUUCUGAAUUUCAUUUCCAGUGCAUAUAUUUCACUCAGUACAAAUUGGACUAAGCGCAGAUAAAUAUAGAAGAAGGGCUUCUAUUCUUUCAGUUUCGUCUAAAUCAAUUAACAGAGUCAGUCAGGUAACCUUCUAGUGUUCAUGUUUGCACAGAUUACACAGCUCACACACACACUUACAAAUAAAGGUGUUUCAGAGUUUUUUUUUUUUAUUGAAUGUCAUAGAAAAGGAAGCAUAGAAAAGGGGCCACUUUAAGAAAAAAAGAAUUGUAGACUUUGAGGAAAAAGUCAUAAUAUUUCAAGAAUAAAGUUGUGUGUUUUAGAAUAAAAGUUGUAAUACAUGUUGGAAAUCAUUUGAACAUAAUAUUGUAACUUUUUAUAGUAGUAGUGCUGCUUUAAUUACAUCAUUUUAAGACACUAUCUCUAAAUAUUACACUUUUUUUCUUUUAGAAAAUAUGACUAUUUAAAUAUUUCUUUUUGAUUUAAAAAAAUCUGAAAUAUAUUUGUAUUUUAUUCUUGAAAUGUCUUGAUGACUUUGUUCUUGAAAUAUUUUUUAUACUUUAAGUUUAGUAUGUAAUUAUUAAUUUAGUAAUGGCCCUAAAAUGCCACAUUUAAAUUGGUCUUUCACAUUUCCACACACAUCUUGUUUUUUUAAGAAGUUUUUUUUAGGCACCAUAAUUUCUAAGAGUGCACACAUAAAUAACACAUGCUUAUUUAAUAACACAUGCUUAUUUAAUAAUCUGAGUAUUUCUACAUACCUUCUCGGGACUGCCAUAAUAAUAAGAAUUAUAAUAUAUAACGUUGUAUGAGAUUACCUCUGUGUGUGUGUUUAAUCUUAAAGUGUCCUUUAGCCAAUAUUUCUUUUCUUUUCCUAUAAGAAAAACCGUUUAGCUGGUUUCUUUCUGUAUGCUGAUUUUGCUGAUCUCAAUCACUUGACUGAUUCAACGAUUGUAGCCAAAUAUUAAUCACUGCUUUUUAAAAACCAGUGUUUAAAUCUGAUGAUAAUCUGUCCACUGUGUUUAUAUAAUAUAUAUUAGAUUGAUUUUUAUAAUGGUGUUUGUUCCACCCUAAAAGUUUUAUAAAUAUAUAAAUAUAAAGUGAGAUUUUUUUGCACAAUAUGAUAAUGCACAAAUACUAUUGUAUCAUGAAUGUAUGUGAUACAGUAUAAUCUAUUGUCCAUGUAGAAAGAUGUGUUAAAUUUGACUCUUGGGAACUAAUAUUUGACCCUGAUUAACUUUCAAGAUACUGUAACUCUUUUCUACGCAUUUCUAUUUGAUCAGUGUAACUUGAUGCUGUUAAUAAUAGACAUUUAAUUUGCACAUUUGCCUGCAUGUCUAUUUUCCUACAUUCAUGCAAUGUAAUAAAACAUUUCGUGUAGAGAUACACACCCCA